CGGCUACUGGAUGAGAAUUUUCGGGCGCGAUGGUUUCUUUUGCAAUCGUAAGUAUUUGUAACCACUACCUGUAGACCGUAGACGAAAUAUAUCCAUCGAAAUUUUCGUCAACUAAUUUUUACACCUAGGUACUAUACUAGGCGUUAAGUCACGCCUGCUUUAUCAGAGCUUUGCGCAUAUCUCCGUCUAUCCGGAAACCCCCACCCCGCAUACAACCCGACCGAGAAUUCGGGAAACAAAGGUUAGAUAUGGGCUCGACUUCACCCACGCCCUCGCCGUUUAACGUCGAGAAGAUCGCAGUCGUGGGCGCAGGACCUAGUGGUCUUGCCGUCGCCAAGUAUCUAUUAGCGCAAAACGCGUUCUCGCAAGUCGACGUCUUCGAGCAGCAGGCCGAGGUGGGCGGCGUCUGGAACUAUAGCGCCGUGCCGAGACCUGAUGCGGAAUUGCCUGUGCCGCAAGUCGUCGCGUUUCCGGGGUGGUUGGAGGAGCCGGUUUACGUCGAUUCGGGCAACGCAGAUGAUAGGAAGGGGAAGCCGCUGUUCCCGUCGCCGAUGUACGACGACUUGAACACGAAUAUCCCGCAUACUAUUAUGAAGUACUCGGACCUGAGCUUCAGAGACGGCUGCGAGAUAUUUCCUAGGAGGGAAGACGUGCAGGCGUAUCUGGUGCAGUAUGCGAAGGACGUGAGGCAUCGCAUUAGGUUCUCGAACCAGGUGACGGAUAUCUCGCUGCGCGAGAAAAAUGCGCGGAAGCCCUGGGAGGAGCGCGAUCAGUGGGAUGUUGGCACCACGGAUCUAGUCACUGGGACGAAGAGCAAAGACGUAUACGACGCUGUGGUCGUGGCUUCCGGGCAUUAUUCUACGCCGUAUAUCCCCGACGGCAUUGCCAACAUCAAGGCCUUCCAUGAGGCACACCCAGGCGUUAUUUCGCACUCGAAGCUAUACAGGAACGCGGAAGCUUACAAGGGGAAGAAGGUCGUGGUCGUAGGGACCGGGGCCUCGGGCCUCGAUAUCGCGGCGCAGAUACGCCGGGUCUCGCAGGCGCCGCUGAUACUCUCCGCGCGCGAAGGCGCGACGGAAGAAACCCUCGAACACUUCGGGGGCGGGAAGUUCGUGCAGGUCGGGCAGAUCAAGAGGUUCCUAGUCGAGGAGAGAGGUGUCGAGUUUUAUCCCUUGGAAGACGAAGACGAGGAGGGAGGGAAAACGGAAGAAGAAGCAAAGGAGAAGGAGAAGCCCACGAUCAUAGAAAAGGACAUCGAUGCAGUGCUCUUCUGCACGGGAUACCUGUUCACCUUCCCCUUCCUAACCACCCUCGCCGACCCGCCUCUCGUCACGGACGGGCGCCGCGUCCACGGCCUCGCGAAGCAUUUCCUACAUAUCAACCACCCGACCCUCGCCUUUCCGGGGCUGCCGAUUAAAGUGAUCCCGUUCCCGCUCACCGAGGCGCAGGGCGCGGUCCUCGCACGCCUGUGGUCGAACACGCUUCCCCUGCCGCCUCGCUCCGCGCUCGAGGCUAUGGAGCGCGAGGACGGCGACGGCGCGAACCCGGGGAAGUACCACGUCUUCCCAAAGGGCGGCGACGGGCGCUACAUCAACGAGCUGCACGACUGGGUGAUGCGGGACGGGGGCGGCGAAGGGGGAGGUAAGGAGCCGCCGUACUGGGACGCGGAGUUGCUCUGGCAGAGGGGCAUUUAUAUCGAGGCGAAGAUGCAGUUUGAGAAGACGGGGAAGAAGGCUAAGACACUGGAAGAGUUGGGGUUCCGGUACGAGCCGCAGGAGGUGAAGAGUGUGGAGGAUGUGGAGGGGACGGAGAGUGUGGGGGACGUUGCUGGGUGAUGAUGUAUGGGGUUUGGAGGAUCAAGAUGGAUGGACUGGAUUGGAUUGGAUAGACUAUAUAUAGCUUGUGAUUUGGAUAAAAGGGGCAGCUCGUUAAGCCUUGAUGUUUUAGACAUGUCCACUAUGUCAUGCGAGAUAAAGAAGAUAUGCCAUUGUUGGAUUACC